AAAUAAUGUUUACAACAAGCCAGGAAAUGAAAAUAGGAAAAUAACAACAAAUAUUUAUAAUUGCAUAAUGAUAAGCCAUAUUGUUUUAUAGUUUUGUGAGCCUGCAAAAGAAAGAUGGAGUUUGGUUUUUACAUUGUGAUCUUCAUACUGAUCAUGCUCAAGUUGCUGAUCUGGGUGUGCGUCAUCUACAGUCGAGCCCAGCGCAGGAGACGCCUCCUGGCCGCCAUUGACGCAGCCGCCAGCAACCCUCGUGUCAUUAUCGUUGAGCGAGGCUCACGGGAUGGUCAACAUGGCAUUCACAAUGACUACAGUGGUGGAGUGGACAAUCCAGCACUUGCCCAGUGGGGACUUCCAUCUUAUGACGAGGCAGCGCACAUGCAGAGCAAACCUCCACCCUACGAGCAGGUGGUUUGUAGCCCCACCAGUCAGCAGCAGGUGGUUUGUAGCCCCACGGGCCAGCAGGGGUCAAGCUUUCAGCCCACAUGGCCAAGCGGUGAGGCACCACUUCCGCCCAACUACUCUCAGCUGUUUACUGGGCAGCAGACAGCACCAGGGAACUUUUCCCAGGCCCCAGUGCACAAGAAUUAACCGAAUAUCAGAUCAUAGCAUCAGGGAAUAUGCCACUGGCCCCUUCUUACAAGAGUCAAUGGUACUCUUACAACAUUUUCCAAGAAUAAAUCGAAUAUUUUUUUUUGUUCAUCGUUUACUAAUUUCAUGAAUAUUGUUCUCUAAGCAUCCUUAUGAAAUUAAUGUAAUAAAGCAUUUUUUCAGUAUUCAAUAGGUCACUGAGGCAGGCAUGUUUAUAAUAUGUCUGCAAAUGUGUUUAACGUAAUUAUUUAUUUUCUUGCAGUAGUCAACUUCAAUGAACCGUGAUUUGCUUUUCGAUUUGUCUUUGAAAGAGACCUCAAUGGCAUUAGUUUGUUUUUAAAAUAAAAAACGAACAAACUGUUCAUGUUCAUUAAACAUUUAUUUUGUGUCACUUUUUAAUUUAUUGUGACUGUGUAAAUGUUGUUUGACAUUUUUUAAUGUAUGUGAAUUUUUUAGCAAUCCUUAUGAGGAAUGCUUCUUGUGAUACAAAUGAUGUUAUGAAACUUUUAACAUGCACAUAUAGGUGUCAUCGCGUUUUUUGCAUCAAACUGAAGAAAGACUUAUCAUUUGUAACUGAAGAGUUAGUGUCCUUUGUUUAUACACAAAUUUCUGUUUCCGCAUUUUUUUGCAGGUGCUUUCUGUCCAUGACGGUGUUUGUGUGUUUAUGGUGAUUUACGCUGAUGAAAGUUUUUGUCUAUUGAGUUCAAUUUUCCUCAGUACCAAUUUCAGGGCAUAAUGGAGGUCAUUUCCUCUGCUAUACUGUUGGGCUUGUUGUCCCCUACCGGUGAAACCGGAGGGGACUUAUGGUUUGCACUCCGUCUGUCUGUCUGUCAGUCUGUCUGUCAGUCAGUCUGUCACACUUUUCUGGAUCCUGCGAUAACUUCAAAAGUUCUUAAUAUUUUUUCAUGAAACUUGAAACAUGGAUAGAUGGCAAUAUGGAGAUUAUGCACGUCAUUUCAUUUUGUUCCUUCGUCAAAAAUUCUGGUUGCAAUGGCAACAAAUAUAAAAAAAAAAAAAUUUUUUUUACUGACAAUGGUGGAGUUUCACCGGUAUGGGACCAUAUUGCUUGGCAAUCUCUUGUUCACAGAGUCCCUUGUUAAUGGAAUGAUUAUUUUAAUUGUAACACUAUUUGAAUUAUGGAUACCAAAGAACAACAGUGUAACUUAAGUGCAUUUAUUUUAUUGUACUAUUUUAUUUAUCAUUUUAUUGAUCAUCUAUUUUAUAAAUGCAUCAGUUAUCAUUUAUAAUAAUCCAAACUUUU